GCCGCAGCCGCGGCCGCGGGCGGGCAGCAGGUGAGCGCGGGCGGGGACAGCCGGCCCCGCUCCCCUCAGCCCUCCCUCAUCCCCUCCAUCCCCGGCGGGGCUUUCCCCGCGGCCGGGGCUCCGGUACCGACCCGCGGCAGGAGGACUCUGCUCCUGUCAGCACAGCUCUGUCUCACUGCUCCCUGGGUGAACAGGGGAAGCCAACCCAGAGAGAGACUUCACUCACCUUUUAAUGAACGACAAAAAACAGGUUCAACUUGUCAGUCAUUGAUCUUUUUAUUGCCACUCCUUGUUCUCAAAAUCCUGCUCUCAUGAUGGCCUAAGCCUCAUUAUUGAGAGGUUAUUCUGUGUGGAUGUUCCAAUGGCACAGCCCUGCCACGGCCUCCUACCCAGCAGAGCUGCUCCCCAGAGCCAGAGGGAUGGUGGUAGUCACGGGGCAGAACAAAGUGAGUGCCACCCCGGAUGAUGCCAUGUCGAGCUCGGAUGCAGAGGAUGAUUUCCAAGAGCCGGCCACUCCCACCGCCACCCAGGCAGCACAAGCGCUACCUCUGCUGCCCCAGCAGUUCCCAGAAGUUGUCCCACUGAACGUGGGGGGGAUGUUCUUCACCACCAGACUGUCCACGCUGCGCAGGUACGAGGACACCAUGCUGGCAGCCAUGUUCAGCGGCAGGCACUACAUCCCCACGGACGCCGAGGGCCGGUACUUCAUCGACAGGGACGGCACCUACUUCGGAGACAUACUAAACUUCCUACGAUCUGGUGAGCUGCCCCCCCGAGAGCGAGUGAGGUCAGUGUACAAGGAAGCUCAGUAUUAUUCCAUAGGACCCUUGCUAGACAAUCUAGAGGAUAUCCAGCCUCUUAAAGGAGAAAAAGUUAGACAAGCUUUCCUGGGCCUAAUGCCAUAUUACAAAGACCACCUGGAGCGGAUCAUCGAGAUCGCCAAGCUGCGAGCCAUGCAGAGGAAGGCCAGGUUUGCCAAGCUGAAGGUGUGCGUGUUCAAGGAGGAGAUGCCCAUCACCCCCUACGAGUGCCCCCACUUCAACUCCCUGCGCUUCGAGCGCAGCGAGAGCGAGGCCAAGCUCUUUGAGCACCACUGCGAGGUGGACGUGUCCUUCGGGCCCUGGGAGGCCGUGGCCGACGUCUACGACCUCCUGCACUGCAUCGUCACCGACCUGUCGGCCCGCGGCAUCACCGUGGACCACCAGUGCAUCGGCGUCUGCGACAAGCACCUCAUCAACCACUACUACUGCAAGCGCCCCAUCUACGAGUUCAAGAUCACCUGGUGGUGAGCCCGGGGCACAGCAAAGGAUCAGGGGGCUCCCGAGGACAAAUGCGCUCUCGAGGUCGCCUGGUGGUGAGUGUGGUGGCACAUCGAGGGGUGAUUGGACUUCUAGAGGACAAAUGCUCUUCCAAGAUCAUUGGGAGAACAUGGUGGUGAGUUGUGGUGGCACUGAGGGGUGAGAGGACUCCUAAAGGACAAGUGUUCUUCCAAAGUCACCUGGUGGUGAGUGUGGUGGCACAUCGAGGGGUGAAAGGACUUCUAGAGGACAAAUGUUCUUUCAAGAUCAUCUGUGGUGAGUGUGGUGGCAGAGAAGGGUGAAAGGACUCCUAAAGGACAAAUGUUCUUUCAAGGUCACCUGUGAAAGGAUCCUAAAGGACAAAUGUUCUUUCAAGAUCAUCUGUGGUGAGUGUGGUGGCACAGCAAGGGAUGAAAGGACUUCUAGAGGACAUCAAGAUUGCCUGGUGAUGAGUGUGGUGGCACUUAAAGGACAAAUGUUCUUGGCAGUUGCCUUGCUGCUCACAUUCCUUGGGAUCAGCCUGCUGGCAGGGGUUGGGAAAACCUCUGGAAACUUGAAAAUCCAGCCUGAAAUCAGACUGUUGGCUCAGGUACCUUAACGAGGCACAAAACAAAAUCACCUCAUGCACAGGAUGGAGGGGAGUGGCUGAACAUCUGCUCAAAGGUGCCACCAAGCACGUGGCUUCAGGGUGGAAUUGCAGAUUUUUCCUGCAUUUUUGGGAAUCUGGGGUGCUACUAAAGCUGACGUUUCAGUUUUACCCUCUUAGAAAUGUUUUAGUUCCUCCUCCAGCUCUAUGAAGUUUGAGUCACACCCAGCACAAAGAUCUGGAAAUGUCAUUUAGAUGUACUAGAUAAUUAAAAAAAAAAAAAAAAGAGUACUCCUUAUAUAUUAUUCAUUGUUGUCAGGGUUAAGCUGUAUUUCUUUUUUAAUUAAGAAUCUAUGUUGUGAAUUAUAAUGUUGUACUUCAAUUAAUUCUGUUGUUAUCAAAAGGAAUAGCAGAUCUGGAAUAUAUUCCUUAAUGCUUUUAGGAAUAACUGUUCAUGGAAGACUUGUGCCUGUUUUUAGCCUUAGAAAUUUUAAAUGUUUACAAUAUCUACAAAAAAAAAAAAAAAAGCUCUUUAGAAUCAGGUCAUUUGCAAAGGCUUUUGGUAAAUGAGAAAACCCUGUCUGUAUGUUCCUGUUAGCAGUAGUAAGAGGAAUAUUUAAUGUAUAUUAUUUUAUUACUGACUCUUUUUAUAUUCUGUGAUAUUAAACUUUAUUUUAGACUUAAAGUCAGAUGAUGUUAGACAAGUGCUUCCUUCACCUCACCUUUUUCAGACAAUUAAAUCUUAAAUUUUAUCCUUCUUGACCCUUCUUGGUGUCAUAGAAGGAAAAACAAAAUUCAAACUUCAUAUUCAGAAACUUCUCCACUCUAAAGCAGUAGGGAAUUCCUUUCCAUGCUGGAAGAGGCAGCCACUGCAGAAUCAUAUUUUCUUCAGAAGGUCAUUUUUGUACUUCUGACAUGAGCAACCACAUCCCAAAUUUCAACUGCUGAAUUCAGCCCAAAACUGAGGGAGAAAAGUCUGAAAAUCUUACUGUUUUAUGAGGAACAGAAAACUCCAACCCCCUUGAAGGGGCUUCAGAAUAAUCCUAAAGAGACAGAAAAAUAAAUAUUUCUAUAUUGCAUUCCAUUGGAUUAAUUAAUCCAAGAAUAUUUCUUCAUUAAACUUCUGACCAAAAUUCUUCAGAAACAUUAAUUACAGUGAUCAAAAUUCUCAGUUUUCUGAAGAAAUUUUUAGAAUAGCUUUAAGAACUUAAGGAUCAAAUUGUCUUGCAAAGAAAGAGGCAAAUUUUUUUUGCCUUGUCCCCCUUUUGGACAUUUAAUUUAGCAGUGGAAUUGUGUCUCUGAGGUGAUAUCUCCCUGCUGAACUCUGCAAUCCUUUCACAGCAUCAUUGUCAACUGCUGAGUUUCAAGGGCUGAGAUAAAUAUGAACAGAGGGAGUUCUGCCCAUUUGGAUCUAAAUUUAAAUUUAUUUCAAUUGUUUCCUGAAAUAAUGGCCUUGGAGUUACAGGUUCUUGGAGUCGUGUUUGGCACCCAAAAUGAAAAGCUAAACUGAGACUAAAGUUUCCCUGCAAGGAGAGGAAUUUUGCUUGGUUUCUUUGCUGCCUUCAUUUUUUCUUUCUUCCCAAGGAACCUAAACUGCAAACCAGAAUUUCUGAUAAAAUUAAAGAACAUCUUCAAGCUGAGCCUUACAAAGUUUUGGCUGCUUGUGCACUUCAGAUAUUUAAGUUUGGGGUUUUCAGAUGUUCAGAAUUAGAGACAUUUACAAUUUCAGAUUACAAUGAGAACUGCAGUUUUACUGGAAUUUUCAGGGCUUUUUUACCACUUCCUAUAAAUGUAUUUACAGAACUCUGGCUGGAAUUCCAGCACUCUUUGCAGGAAUGGAUCACAAUCUGAUUUUCAGUGUGUUUUCUGGUUUGGCUUUAGGAAUUUCCCUGCUGUUAUUCAGGAGAAGCUGUGAUGACAAAAUUCCUGCUUCAGUCAUUUUGUUACUCCUUAAUAUUCUGGAUUUUGUAACUUUUUCCUGGUCAUUGCUUAUAUAAUUAAGGAAGGCAACCCAACCAAAAAGAGAAAAUGAAAAUCUUGGUCUGUAUCAGCUGUCUCAAUCAAAGUUCUAUCCUCCUGAAGACAUUAAGUGCAAUACUGGAAAGGAAAACAUGAAUUUAAGCCCACACGUUUAAUUAGUGCUGGGAUUUGUGAUUUGUUCAGGUUAACAACAUUUUAAUUGUUCACAGCAGUCUUUGUUUACAAGGAUUUAGCUGCCCUUGCCCAGCCUGUGCUCAUUUUUUGACAGAAGCAGAAGAAUUGUGCAGGUGGAUGCCAGGGGAGUGUGAUCUAAAAACUGGGUUGUGGAAUGUGAUUGCUUCUCUUUUCUGGGCCUGUAGCUUUUGAAAUUCUCAUUUAAACAAAAAUGGGAGUGGCUGAUCUGCUAAAUCCAUGUUUGAGAGGACUGAGGAUUUUUGGAUAGAAUUAUAUCAUUAAACUUGGAAUACUGCUUUGCUUUUUUUUUCCCUUUUUUUUUUCCUUUAGGACUUAUUUUUUAUAUCUGGGCAGGUCAGAGUUUUGCUAAUCCGUAUUUUUCUGUGCUCCCUUAACUUUUUUGCCACUUUAUCAUCUACACAGCCACUUUUCCACCCUCACACUCCCCAGUCCCUGUGUUUGUGAGCAGUAAAUGGUUUCCUUUCCAUUUGAAUGGUGGGACAGUUGAGGAAUAUUUAUUUAAAAUUGGAAUUGUUAACUAUUUUUUACAUUGCUGUGUGUGAACAAAACCAUGACAAGACCAAUUUUUUUAACAUUCCCUUUAUAUCCAUUGUGGAGUGGUUUUUAACAGGGAACAAAGGCAGCUCUGAUAUGGAGUGAGUUGGCCAAUUCCACAGCACGUGGAAUGUUUCUGCAUCUGGUUUAUGCUUGUGAAAUAGGAAGGGAAAAAGAAAAUAAUAAUAGGAAAAAAAAACCAGGAAAAUUUUAAAAAAGGAAAAUAACCCUUAUGAGGCACUCAAAAAUGACCUGAAAGGGUGUUUGUGUACAGCAGCCCCUUAAUGGCUGCUGAGCUGAAGAGUUUAAAAAAAGAUCUAAAAAUAAUUUUUGGAACUUGGUGUAGACUUUUAACUUGAAUUCCCAAUAUUCUGCCCAGGAAUCUGAACCAUUCCUUGCUGACCUUGCAUCCUCCUCAGAGGAAAGUGAAGGUGCUGCCAGCUUUGGUCUGGGAAAGCCUUGGUGCCAUAAUCCUUGUGGGGCAUGGCAGGAUUUUUCAUUUUUAUUUUUAUUUUAACCCACAAUGAGGGAUCAGUUUUGGUUUUUUCCCCCUAAAAAGCUAAUUACUGGUAUAAUUAAAGGUUUUGUAGCUUCAUUUGGCAUUUGCAAGCCCUGGGAGCCCUGGUGCCCAGGUUUAUCCUCACUGUUUGUUGUUUGGAGAUGACAGGGACGUGAUGAGGGGGAUGAUGGAAAUGGCAGCAGGGAAAAAUUCCUGUCAGAGCUGCUGGUUCCCACUGCAGAGCUGCUCUUUGUGUUUGGUUUCAGCUCCUGCUUUGUGUGAGGCACAAACACCCUCCCCAUUUGUGUGGGCCCUCCACUGCUCUCCCAUUUGUGUGUAAAUCCAUGGAGUUGUGGCUCUGGGAGACCAAAGGGCUGUGGAUUGCAGCAGUGACAAGUGAGUCUUGCAGGCUCACACUGCUGCAAUCGGGGUUACAGCACCUUGAUGUCACAGCUUCUCUGUGACAUUUAUUUUCUUUCUUUUCUGCAUGGCAAAGCAGAGUGGUCACACGGGACACAACUGCCUGGCAGGUAAGGCGAGAUUUCAGAGCAGGCACCACAAAAAAAUCAUCCCCUAACUCAUUCUAAACUCUGGGAUGGAUUUAUUUAACUUCUUUUAAUGACUGCUUUACCCUGGACAAUUCGUAGACCCCGCUGGCUUUCAGUUGUGGUUGGUAUUACUGAGCCCUGAAGAUGUUUUUAGGUUUAAGUUUGUGGUUAGUAUUACUGAGCCCUGAAGAUGUUUUUAGGUUUUCACACACUGCACAGAGGACCCAAGAUAGUUCUAAAUUUUGGGCUAUGACCAAAAAAAAAAAUUAAAAAAAAAAAAAAAAAUCCCUCCAGUCUUUCAUUAUCUUUCUGCAAAUAAGCUGAUUUCAGAGGCUAAUUCUAUCUCCUGUAUAUAAUUCUCUGACUGGAAAUCACUUUCCAGAACAGCAGUUCAUAGUCAUUUUACUUACACAAGCUUAGUAUAAGUUUACCUCCACUUUCACUGUGACUUUUAUAAAUGGAUUUUGUUUUGCUGAAUUAUAAAUUGUAUGUGUCUAUGCAUUGUAACCCGUAAUGCCUUUGAAAAUCCAGCCUGGAUGCUAACAAUCAGGGUUUGGAAUUAUCUCCAAAUGUGUUUUGUUAAUAAUUACGUUGAUGUGUGAUGUUCAAUACUGUGAGUACUGCAGUGUAUUAUUUCUUAAUACUUUUGACUUUUCAGUUCAGGUAAUAUAUAAUCUGUACGUUUUUUAUUUAAAAACACAUAGAAGAAAACAUGGAUAUAAAAGUUGUGUUGUGCAAUAAAAGAUUAUGAUACUGAAAA